UUUUAUAAUUUUUGACGAUAUUUUUGAAUGGGGGAAACGGGAGCUGGUCUUGAUCGUGCGUCAGUUCGAAAAGUACUUUCCGCACCACCAAUUGACUUACCGGACUCGAGACACGGCAAUUUCUUAAGGGAUAAUCAUGGAAGCAUCUGAUGAUCAACAAAUGCAACUACUUAAGAGGGCAUUUUCCAUGUUUGAUUCUGGCAAAAGUGGCACCAUCAAUCGAGAAAAAGUCAGAACCAUCUUAACCACCCUGGGACAUUCCUACGAUGAUAAAGAACUGGAACAAAUGUUAGCCGACGAAGAUCCAGAAGAUACUGGCACGGUUAACUUUGAGUCUUUCUGCCGUGUCGCGUCACAUUUCCUGGAAAACGAGGACGAGGAGGCCCUCCAGAAGGAACUGAAGGAGGCUUUUAGGUUAUACGAUAAAGAAGGUAAUGGAUAUAUUCCGACGUCGAGUUUAAGGGAAAUUUUAGCCGCCUUGGACGACCAGUUGACCCCCGACCAAUUGAAUGAAAUGAUUGCCGAAAUCGAUUCCGAUUCCUCUGGUACCGUUGAUUUUGAUGAAUUUAUGGAAAUGAUGACUGGUGAUUAAAGGGAGCGUCAUUACCGACAAAACAAAUAUUCAUAGAACAUCAUAUUUUUUAUAGAAACUUCUAGUCGUUUAUCCUUAAGCCUUACGCCACUAUUGUGUCUGAAAUAAAUAUAUUGUUAUUUUGUUUUAUAA